AUGCGUCUAAGAAGGCUUUGUGAGGAGAAAGCAAAGACCAAGAAGUGCCAUGUUGAUGUGAAAACCCGGGAACAGUAUGUUCGAGGGGGAGAGGACAGAGAGUGGCUAGAGAUUGCUUUGGUGGAAGCACUCCAGAAAGUGGGUCCAGACAGAAGUCAACACAAGAAGCUGACAGCUGAGUUCAAAGCGCGAGUCAUUUUGGUUCGCGAACGCAUGGAAAUGAAGGAGCAGGAGGUCACGGGACAAUGGCUAACGGAGGAGAAGAUGGUCAAGUCUGGAGACUACACGGCGACUACCAUCGCCAAGGUGAUUGCAUACUGCAAUCGGUUCCCCUCCGCUCUCGUGCGGAGGUGGAAGUACGAUACUGAAGUCAGGGAGUACUUCGUGGAAACCUCCACCAAGCAAACCAUUCGCAACACUGAACUGUACAAGCGGCAGGAGGCGUGCGACGCUGGUGAUGCUCUGCAGCAAAAAGAAAACCGGUCCUUAGUUCGAACUAUAAGCCAAAACAUAUAG